CUCGUGUUGACCAAGUCUUCCACCAACCGCACUCGAUCACGAUAUCUUGGAAUCUUAGAAAUAAUGGCGAACAAUCCCUGCACCCCCGGUGCUCUGCAAAGGGUCUUCGAGGCGGAUAUUCCCACACCCGAUAGCUUCCCGAAUCCUAUUCUCCAAGUGCUUCAAAUAAAAUCUCUUGCCGCUCAACCUGGCGCCCCGGAACGAUACCGGGUUGUGUUCUCAGAUACUCAAAAUUUCAUCCAGUCGAUGCUUGCUACACAGGCAACCGCUCAUGUCUUGGAUGGAUCAAUUGAGAAAGGCUGCUUUGUCCAGCUGACAAACUAUCAGGCAAAUAAGGUCAAGGAUAAGAAGAUCCUUAUCGUUAUCGGACUGGAGGUCCUCACCCAGUACGGAAAGCAGGAGAAAAUUGGGGAGCCUGUUUCUUUAGAAGCAUCUCAACGCCCACAGGCACCCGAUCGAGCUAGAGCGGCCCAGAAUGAAAAGGCUUCUGCUACAUCGUUUUACGGAAAUAGACCCGCGCCUGCUCCAGCUGAACAGAGAGGUGUUCCGGCUAGACAAGCACAACCCACCACCACUGCACGUUCUUCGGCUCCAAGCGCUACGCGUCCGAAUAUCUAUCCGAUCGAGAGUCUCUCGCCUUACCAGAACAGAUGGACGAUCAGAGCUAGAGUCACAUACAAGUCUCCGAUUAAGCUCUGGCAAAAUUCGAAUCGUGACGGGAGGCUAUUUAAUGUCACUCUUUUAGACGAGAGUGGCGAGGUUCGUGCCACUGGAUUUAACGAUCAAGUGGAUUCGUUCUAUGAAGUACUCCAGGAGGGGCAGGUUUAUUAUAUUUCGAACUGCAAAGUCAAUUUUGCGAAGAAGCAGUUCUCUAAUAUCAAUAACGAUUACGAAUUGGCAUUCGAGCGUAACACUGAGAUUGAGAAGUGUAAUGAUGUAGAUGAUGGCAUUCCCAUGGCGCGUUUCAAUUUUGUUCAAUUUUCUGAAUUGGAGAGUAUCCAAAACGACGGCAUCAUUGAUGUUAUAGGUGUCAUUAAGGAGGUUGGUGAGGUCGCAUCAAUUCAGUCAAAGAACACCCAAAAGUCAUACACGAAGCGGGAUGUCACUUUGGUCGACAAGUCCGGAUAUUCUGUCCACAUCACUACCUGGGGUAAAUCUGCUGAGGAUUGGGAGACACAACUGGAUGAGAUUGUGGCAUUCAAGGGUGUUAAGGUUAGCGAGUAUGGUGGUCGGAGUCUAAGCAUGCUACAUAGCUCUACCAUGACUGUCAAUCCUGACAUUGACGAAUCUCACGCGCUUCGCGGUUGGUAUGACGGACAGGGACGCGGAGAGACGUUUCAAAGUCACCAUACCGGCUCAUCAGCUGUCCGCACCAAUGACCCUUAUAAGACUUUGUCACAGAUCCGCGAUGAAAACCUCGGUAUGGGAGAAGAUCCUGAUAUCUUCACUACCAAAGCGACAAUCGUUUAUAUCAAAAACGAAAAUUUUUCGUACCCUGCUUGCCUAACCCCAAAAUGCAACAAGAAGGUUGUCGAAAUUGCUGAAGGGCAAUGGAAGUGUGAGAAAUGUGACAUUACCCACCCCAAUUGUCAGCAUAGGUAUAUCAUGACGAUUUCCUGUAGUGAUGCCUUUGGCUUGGCUUGGUUUAGUUGCUUCGAUGAUGUUGGAAUCAUGAUCAUGGGAAUGACCGCGGAUGAGCUUGUUGAACUCAAUAAUCAGUCCGGUGGACCUGCCUUCGCUGAUGCGUUUUUGCAAGCGAACUGCAAAGCGUACGUCUUUAGAUGUCGUGCGAAGAUGGAUGUCUCUCAGGGUCAGCAGAGGGUCAGAUAUCAGGUUUUGAAUGCGGCCCCCGUUAAUUUCGCGCUGGAGGCACACAAGUUGAUUGGCCAGAUUAAGCUCUAUUCUUAAGUCUGGCUAGGAGAAGACUUUUUCCCGUUUUUUUUCCGAGAUAAUCCAUCGAUGCAUGGACUGGUAGCUUGUACUGUAUAAUUAUAUCACACUGUAAACGGAAUUUGAAUGAGCAAAUUUUAUGUUUUCUUGUCCCACAA